AUGCACUCUCCCAAGAAAAAAAAAAAACCUCUCUAGCAAUACACACCAAACUGAGCAUGUGCAGAGUGUCUCCAUACGAUAUGUCUUAUCAGAAGAUAAGAGGGGAGCACUGGAAGAAAGGGAGGAUCAGAGAAGUCAGGAUCAAACAGCAUUUUUACACAAUGCAGAGGAUUAACCCCUUAGGUUUCGCAGUGAGUAUAUCAACAUGCUGUACUGCAUAUACAGACUGAUUUUACUGUUGUGGGUUUAGUAACACUUUAAUGCUAUACAUUUGACUAGGCAAAAAAAAAAAAAAAGUUCAAUAAC